UUCGAUUCUGACAAUUCGUCCUUCGAGGAUUCGAUAUUCGGAAUAAUUCUAUCAAUCUUUGUGCGAAUAAAAGUUCAUUUGUCGCAAUGAUAUCACAAGCUUAAUAAAAUUUUGUCUUUUAAAUUUCAAUCGCGUCGAUUGAAAAUCCCUUUUAAAUAAUUCGUAACCAUCUCGUCGCUGCCAUUUCGUCGCUUCAUCCCCUGGUUAAUUAUCAUACAUAGUUACUUUGUCGACGUGUCAAUCGAAUAAAUACGAUCGCUCACGAUCGUUUGGGGGGAGAAGCGAAGUUGUCGAUGGGAACUUAGAAAUAAAGAUUGGUCGGUGUAACUUGGAAAUUGGAAAUUCUCGCGUUGCCGCAGAACCGGUAUUAUUGGGUUUUCGUGUCAUUUGCGGCGGACUCGAAACCUGCCCCUGUUACAAAUUGAGUUGUCCGUGGUAAUUCCCAACGGGGCGAAAAAGCCCGGUUAAACGUCUGCAGAAGCUGGAAACAAAAGCAACCGUGUUGUUGCUUUUCGACACCAGAUUGUAAUGUUAUUAUUCCAUUAAUCCCUCAUGGACUCUUCGCUCCUUCGUCCCGCGAAUGUAAUUUUAAAUUCGUGGUUAAUUCGUUUACACCUCUCCGAAUUUCGUUCGAAGAUUUGCAAACAACUUUUCAACGUUUUCCUUCUUCUCGAUCUCGAUCCAUCUAUCUCGUUCGCAUUCGAUUUUUCAGAGAAUUUAAUUUCUCCUUCUUUAUCUCCGAACGUUCAUUGUCGAGAAAAUCGCGAGCGAACCGCCACCACGGGAACAAACUCGUCGUCGCGCGACGAACGACCGCUACUACGAGUAAUAAAACGAAGGAAUUGAUGCGUACAAGAGUAACGACACGACAGAAAGUAUAACAGAGCGAGGAGAAACUACGAGAACUGCCAAAUCGUGCUACCCAAGUCCACGCUCCUCCUAAUAAUAGCAAAACUUUCGAAACUGACCUUCCCCUCCCCCGAUCGAGUACCGAUUAGCUGUCACCGGAAGCUGAUCACCGCGCGUGGGUUGGCGCCAAGGCGAACGUAAUCGCAGCCCUUCGAUGCUUCUCUCGGACUCGUCGGCCCGCGUCGUCGACCGAAUCCUCUCGCGGUUGACGGCGGAGACGACGAUCGUCGCGAGAGCGAGGAGCGAGAACAACGAGUUCCGGUUGACGCGGAAGCUCGUUGCAGGCAACUCACGUCCCCGAGGAUGGAACUGAGAGCCCUGGAUCCGAUCGGCACCGCGUUGGCACCGAUUACUCGCGAGUUUAUCCCUUUGCGAGCGACGAGCGAGCAGACGAAGCGUUCCGGGGUGGUGAACGAGGGUGGCUCGAGCGAGGAGGAGGUAUCGAAGGAGGGAGAGAGUUGGGAAGAGGAGGUAGGGGUAGAGGAGGAGGAGGAUAGAAGGGCGCGAGAGGAAGAGGAAGAAGAGGAAGAAGAGGGACGUCGCCUGGGAGGAGGGCCCCACAGAUGCGGGGCCCGGAGGGGCCAGUCCGCGGCGGCGUGACGCGAUGCGGACGUCCUCCUCCUCGAGGAAGAGGAAGAGGAAACAGGUCUUCUCGCCUAUCCUCGACCCCAUCCAAACUCUGCCUCCCUCGUUGGACGAUCGCCUCGUCGAGCCCGUGCUUAGCCGCUGUUCCGCUCGCCCGGUUCACCGUCGUCGAAGGUGGCGGUGGCCGGAGGACGACGAGUUCGAGGGGACGGUGUGGCGGGACGUUUGCGAGGACGGUGGCGGGAGGUGGAGGAGAAAUGGGGGGCGCGAGUGGAGCGAGGGCAGGGGGGACGGGGGGUCGAAAAAGUGUUUGGCCGCGUUGGUGGUGUUGCUCGGCCUGUUGUGCGGACAGUGGUGCGGCGGCGGGGCGGAGGCCCUCGCCGGCAGCCAGAAGUACAGCACGAGGACGGUGAGGACGAGAUACGGGACGUUGCGCGGCGUCGAGGACAGGUCGGCCACCUCCGUGGAAACUUAUUACGGCGUCCCGUACGCCACACCCCCGAUCGGGGCGUUGCGGUACAUGCCGCCGGUCACCCCGACCCCGUGGCGGGGCACCAAGCUGGCGGACACGGUGCCGCCCGCGUGCCCCCAGAGGCCGCCGGAACCGGACUCGAGUCUGCCGCGCUCGAAACGCGCCUACCUCGAGAGGCUGGCGCCCAUGCUUGCCAACCAGAGCGAAGACUGCCUAUACUUGAACCUCUACGUGCCCAAAACUCCUCACGGUAGUACCCCAGACUUAUUGCCAACCCUUCUUCUAAUACACGGUGAUUCCUAUUCGUGGGGCGCUGGAAAUUCCUUCGACGGCACCGCGUUGGCUGCUUACGGUCGUCUUAUCGUCGUUUCUAUUAAUUUUCGUCUCGGCGUGCUCGGCUUUCUUAAAACGGGCCCGAAGGGAAGCGCGCAAGGAAAUUACGGUUUGAUGGAUCUAGUGGCAGGGCUUCACUGGUUACACGAGAAUCUUGGCGCUUUUGGCGGUGACCCCGACCGGCUGACGCUCUUUGGCUACGGCACAGGAGCGGCGCUUGCCAAUUUUUUAGCCGUCUCGCCCAUGGUGAAAGAGUUGGUCGAGAGAGUGGUAUUGCUGGGCGGUUCCGCCCUGUCACCCUGGGCCAUACAGCGUGAUCCGUUAACGGUGAAACAUCGCGUCGCCCAACAGACCGGAUGCCCUGGUAACGUGGAGGCUGACGAUAUCGCACCGUGCCUUCGUUUGCGAAGUUUGGAGGAGCUUCUCUCCGUGCAUUUGGACCCGCCGAGAUUCACAUCUGGAUUCGCACCUUUCGUCGAUGGGGCGGUCAUGCCUCCGCCGAUCAAUCAGAAUUUCCAGCCAACCGCCUCCUCGUCGGGUCUGAUGCCCCUGGUUCCAGGCCCGGGGACCGAGUUCGCUAAUUUCGGCGAUCGAGACCUGAUGCUCGGAUUGACGUCAGAGGAGGCAUGGGUCAACCUCACCGACGAGGAUCUACAGAACGGUCUGAACGAGACGAGGAGGGAUCGGAUUUUGCGCACGUACGUGCGGAACACGUAUCGCUACCACCUUCACGAGAUCUACUCGACCCUCCGUAACGAGUACACGGACUGGGAGAGGGGCGAGCAGAGCCCGUUGGCCAUCUGCGACGGACUUUUGUCGUUGCUCGGCGACGGCCAGGUCGCAGCUCCCCUUCUGAGGUUGGCGCUGCUGCACUCGGCCUCGGGUGGACGCGGCUACUUCCUCCACUUCCAGCUGGGCGAGAGGCCGAGCCAGAGGGGCGAGGAGGUGCCCUACCUCCUCGGCAUACCUCUGCUCCGGGGAGAGAUCGCGUCCAUUUUGAUCGGCCAGGCCAACUACACCUCGGCCGACGAGAAUCUGUCCAAACUGUUGGUCCACUACUUGGCCAACUUCGUGAGACGCGGGGAUCCGAACGGAGCGAGCCCCCUGACAUCGGGAUCGGACGGGCUCCCUACCAGCCCCCCGUUCUGGGAUUCGUACGACUCGAUCAAUCAGCUGUACCUGGAGGCCGGUCGCAGCACGGAAAUGCGGUCGCAUUACAGGGGCCACAAGAUGUCGCUGUGGUUGAACCUGUUGCCGCAGCUCCAUCGACCGGGCUACGAGAUCAGCAUGCGUCACCAUCACCUCGCCGAAACGGCGACCCUCUACGAAGGCGUGGUGCGCCCCCAGACGUUGGCGCAACCGUUGCCCCCGCCUCCGCUCCCGGUCCCCUCGCCCACCGAGCCGUCCUCCAUCCUCUCGAGCGUCGUAUCGACCACCGAGUGCACCCCUAACGCCACGGUCGCCACCACCGUGCCCACCACCACCCACGCCCCCAACGCCCACCCAAACCUGGGCCCCGGGCCCAACAACAUCCUCAAGAAGCUCGCCUCCAAUCAUUACCAGAAUUACACCACCGCCCUCUCCGUCACGAUCGGGGUCGGGGUGUUCCUCCUCGUGCUCAACAUCAUGAUAUUCGCCGGGAUCUACUACCAGAGGGACAGGAACUCGUCGAGGUCGUCGGCCUCGGCGUUCGCCAACAAGAAGAAGGAGGAGCUGUUGGAGGCCGGCUGCUCGGGCAUCGAGGCGCCCUCGGCCAAGCAGAGGCUGUCCACCUUGAACCUGAUGGACUCUCCCUCCUCGAGCCCGCCCCCGCACAAGGCCAAGCUCGCCCAGGAGUUGGAGCUGCAGUUGCAGGAGUUCCAGUGCUCCCCGCCCCCAGGCGGGGGCAAGAGGGGGGUGUUGGAGCCACCGCUGUACACGAGGAGCCCCUGCGUGCAGAGGACGCGGACCCCGUCGCCUUGCGUGGACGCGACCACGGCCAGGAUGGACGACGACGAGGACGAGGACGACGACGACGAGGACGAGGACGACGACGACGACGACGACGAGGACGAGGACGAGAACGGGGGCAACAGCAGCGACGACAACGACGACGAGAAUCUUCCCGAACCCCCGCCGCCACCCAAGGUGCCGGCCCCCAAUGUGAAUCUCUCGUGUCCAGGAAUACUCAGGCAACCUGGCACACCUGGCAGCGCCAAGAAACGCGUUCAGAUACAGGAGAUUUCCGUCUGAGAAUUUUCUUUUCUCCUUUCUUCUUCUUCUUCUUUUUUCCUUCCCUUCUCUCGAUGAAUCGAACGAUCCCUGCUCCCUCCUCCACCCUUCACUACUCGAUCGUUGCUACUGCUGGCGGUAGUCGAUCAUCGAUGAGGUUUCGAGAGAUGGCGCCGUGGAUCGAUCAGAGAAGAGAAUUUUUCGGGAAUAAAGGAAUAAGUGGUUCGUUCUUCGAUCUGCUUUUGCAUCGUUUCCUUUUUGUUAAAUGCGGAGGUGUCGGGCAUUUUUCGGUUUCGGAUCGGAAGAGGCGCGAGUAAGAUAAGUGCACAAAUCAGAUGGCCUUAAUGGGAGAAACGAAGGGAGAGGCAACUCUCGUCGGAGUCGGCCAACUCGAGUUCAACCUCCGAGUUCCCUCCGAGACUCGACGAUGAAUAUUUUCCAAUAUUUCUUACCGACCCGAAUAGAAAACGAAAAGAAAACAAAAAAAAAGAAAAAAAAGAAAAAAAACAAAAAAAGAAGCGGCGACAAAAGAGAAGAGAGAGAGAGAGAGACAACCUCCUCUUAUCGGAGUGAAUGUUCGACCGCGUGAAAAUAUUUCGUACAGAGCUAAAUUAAACGAUAGACCUUGUUCGAAUACUUUCGACAAGAGGAGCGUGUGUUCACCUUAUCGAGGUAUCCGUAACAUCCUUCCUUGAAGAAAGAGAAAGGAGGAUCUUGUUGAGAAGGAAAAUGUGAUGAACGAAGAAAGUAGCGAAAGUUUGGCGGCGAGAGAGAGAAGGGAAGAGAGUCGUCGAGCAUCGGUCGAAUCGUUGCCGGGGAUCGUCGCGACGCUACGCUCGACGCUGCGAAACGAGGGGAUUGAUAUAAUCUCAGGAACUGAGAAGACAAGGCGCGCGCCGAACAGAGGCCCGGCAGGAUGCCUCGGGCUUCCUUUUUUCCUUCCGGAUUUGUCGGAGCACUAAGUGGAAUUAUUCGAGGAAUUGGAGGGUCUGACCUCGACUUUUUGGGUCUCGUGACUUUUUUUCCGCGAGAGAGAGAGAGAGAGAGAGUGUGUGUGUGUGUGUGUGUGUGUGUGUGUGUGCGCGCGCGUGCGCGCGUGUGUACGAGAGGAAUUGGACAGCUGAUCAAGCGAAACUCCGCGGGCUGAGAGAGGAGAGCCUGCUGGCUGAUGCGAAUCUGAACUUCUCGUCGGUAUAAUCGCGUGUGUUCUUUUAGUUACGAGAGAGAAGUGUGCGGGAGAGAAAGAGGUGAAGGGAGAGGACGCUUGCUAAGAAUGACGGAGGGAUAUAUAUAUCGUGGUGAAUCGUAUCGAGGAAAUGUUGAUGUGAAGGAUCCAUAUUUUUUUUGCUUCCUCGUGGAGGGUGCUUACAAGGACGGUUCCUGUUCAAUUUUCGUGAGUUUGUUGUGACACGUUUGUUAUUAUAUGUAUAUACAUAUAUAUACGUUUUUGUUUUAUAAUUCUAGUAUACGAAAAUGUUCAACGUGUUUGUUAUUGAAGUUCAAUGUACAAGUGGACAAAUUGAUUUGUCGUUGAAGGAGGAAUGUCGUGAUAUUUUUCGUUUCGUGAUUUUUCUGCACGGAAUGAUAAUAAUUACGAAGUGAGUUAUCACGUUCAGAAGAUUUAUCAAUCUAUUUAUUUUUAAUUUCCUUCGCAGAUGGAUUAACAGGUUACGAAAUGGAUAUCGACUUUGAAGAUUCGUGUUCGGGAUGCAAUUUAUUCGUCUUUUUCUUUUAUCGAGUUAAAUUUUAAAUUAUCGUCAUAAUUCAUCGCAUAAUGCAGAGUCGGUACUCGAAUGUCUAAUUUCUUUAAACAUGGUGCUCGAUCCUACGUUAAUUAAUGCGGCCCUGCAAGAGAUUUUCGCGCGAAAAUGAAAUAACGAAAUUAGUUGGUAGGCAAAUGGAAUCGGCAAUUUUGAGAAUGUCGCGAAUGUUCUUGUUUCGAGUGUGUACCGUCCUCCUUCUGUUCACUGUGUUUGCAACGUUCCUCGCUCUUCUCCAUUGCCUCUCGAACAAUUAGCCUUGAUUACGUUUCGUUCGAAUACUCGGAGCUAAGUUGGAUUCGUCGAGUUGAUGACAAAAACACCCGCGCGUCUAUUUAUUCUAAAACUAAGGUUUCUCGAUCAUUUCGAUGAUCCAAUGGUCGAGAAUAUCCUUAAUUUUGAAACUAUGGAAAUUAUUUAAAUGAAUAAUUUUGUAAUUUAAAAAAAAACAGUUUUAAAUUCAAUUUCGAUAUUAAGUAGUAACAGACAGCAAAGAUCGGACAUGGAAGUGACGAAGAAUUAAUUCUUUGCAAAUUAAAAUUGAAAGUUAAAAUAUGUAUCUCUCUUUACUCUUGAAUUAUUUCAAUAUUUAAUUUACAAUUUAAAAUGUAAAAUGUAUUUGAUUGGUAAAAGUUGUUAAUAUCAGGAAACGUGAGUUUUAACAUAGAAUCUUAUAUUUCUUUUUUUUUUCUUUCGACAUAUUUAAGGAAUCUGAAACGAUUCCUCUUUCGAUUCCAUCAACGCACAAACCUUUCGAGAUAUUCUUCAUUUUCCAUCCACGAAAAAUAUAUAUAUAUAUAUAAGAUAUGCGGCGGAAGUAACGAUCGAUGGCGGAAACGGGAGAUAGAUGAGUGGCGACACGUAAAAGGAGAGGCGAGGAAGUUGUAAGAACGAGGGAGAGGCCAGCCAUAAAAAUCUAACCUGAUUUAGCUCAACUCAGGAGGAAACGCCCUUGACAAAAUUCGUGCGUCUUUGGAAUGAUUCUAUCGAUCCUCGAAUCUCGAACGAAAGAGGAGAGAAAGAGAGAGAGAGAGAGAGAGACUUUUCGCGUGUACGAGUAUAUUUGCGCGUGUGUGCGUGAAAAAUUGCGGGUAUGAAGAGAAGAAUGAGAGCGAGAGAGAGAGAGAGAAUGAGAGAGAAAGAAGUUGGAAAGUGCUGUCGUUGAAAACUCUGGUGUCGAUUCGUCGACGAAUCUUCGAAAGAUGGAAGAAUUUCCUUUCUCGAGCGACGAAAGAUGGAGAAAUCUUUGUCUUGAAAAAUUGGCGAUCGAGGAUUUUUCGAUGGAUCGAUUCGACGAGGCAACGACGUCUUCGAGCGUCAUUUACAUACAGAAUUAAACGAAGGCAUGCACACCACGUAUACACAUGUCUGAUGACACGUAACACGUAACACGGACGCGAAGGACACACGGUGGAAAACACACACACGAGGUACACACGUACACGAUUAUCAAUGUUUGGAAUGUUGGGAUUUGUUUAAAUAAAUAAUUAAAGCAUUUAAAGCGUAA